AUGGCCACUGGUAAAACCACCCUCUCCACUGGAGUCACCAUGGAAGAGGUCCCACGGGCCUUGAGUGCAGGGAGCAUCGUGGCCAUAACUGUGACGGUGAUCGUGGUGGUGGUGCUGGUGUUCGGAGCAGCAGCCUACCUCAAGAUCAGGCACUCCUCCUACGGCAGGCUUUUGGAUGACCACGACUACGGUUCCUGGGGCAACUACAACAACCCUCUCUAUGAUGACUCCUAG